AUGUCGUCUUCGAACACCCCAGUACCUUCGACUACUCCCGUUCAAACCAUGGAUUCCCCUCUAGUGCCAGACUCGGAGUCGACUCAUUCCUCUGACGAGGGUGCUCACUACGAUACGAGGUCGUUGACUGCCAGUAUCACUGACUACCCGAUCCAUUGGGGCCGAAGAUACCACCGAUAUAAGGAGGGCGCAUAUCUAUUCCCCAACGACGAAAACGAACAGGUCCGCCUGGAUGAGCAGCACGAAAUCCUCAAUCGACUCCAUGGCCGCUUGUUCUUUGCUCCUCUGGACCCAGAUACUGUCCAGACCGUCUUGGACAUAGGCACCGGCACUGGAAUUUGGCCGAUUCAGCUUGCCGACUCCGACGCACUUCCCAAUGCCACCAUCACAGGCGUGGAUCUUUCUCCGGUCCAGCCCGAUGACGUCCCCUCAAACGUCUACUUUGAGAUCCAAGACUGUGCCGAGGAGGACUGGCUGCGGCCAACUGACAGUUUCGAUUAUUGUCACGUUCGCUUCAUGGCUGGAUCGCUCACCUCAUACGAAGACUUGGUCCGGACGGCGAGGAAAUAUCUUCGUCCCGGUACCGGAUGGCUCGAGUGUCACGAAAUCCAUCCCCAGCCUGUAUCGGACGACAACACUAUUCCCGAAGGCUGGGCCAUGAAGGCCUGGGAAGAGCAUCUUGACUAUGCCGCCACUAAAGCGCUCAGGCCAGCACGACCUGUUCGAAUAGCACCGAACAUCAAGACUUGGAUGGAAGAAGCGGGCUACGUGGAUAUCCACGAGCACAUCUCCAAGAUCCCUCUGGGUCCCUGGCCCCGAGAUCCGCGCCUCAAGAACAUUGGCGGCUGGUGGCUUGCCAAUUGGCUCGCUGGAUUACAAGGUUUUACGUAUAAGCUGUUCAGUGCCGACGGGCUAAGGUGGUCCCGGGACGAGAUCGAGGUGCAUCUGGCCGAUGUCCGCAAAGCGGCCCUCAUGAAGUCAGUUCAUUCCUAUCAAAGACAUUAUGUGGUCUACGGACGGAGGCCGUCGAGGGACGAAGAGCAAGUUUUAAGCCUGUACGGUCAUGGGUGA